AUGUCUUUGCACGAUUCUUACAAGACAGCGGAGGCUGUAGCUGAAGGAUUUCGUUCUUUCAGCAAUCUCCUGCCGGAGCAUGACACGGAGAUCACCAGCCUCGUCGUCGACCUCUUUUCGAUCAGUCUCUUUCUCAAAGGCCUGGAGGGCAUGGCAAGGAAUCGGGCUUACCGCUACAGGCUAUCCGCUAUCCAUCCUGAUCUGGAAUUGGUCCGUGCUAGCUUGAACUAUACCCUUGAGGACGUGCUGGACUUCUUCGAUGAUUUGGAGUCACGGAGAGGCGACCCCAGCGAGGCGUACAAGCAAUUAUGGGUGGAAAUCUGCGCUCAUUUUAUGGAGGAAUCUCAGGAAUCUUUGUCCACUCGGUUAGCCAAGUACAAAUCGUUUUUGAGGGACUUGAGUGAAAUUAUGAAAGGUGAAGCAACUGAUACCCGUCUGAUGGCUUCGCUUCGCAGCAAUCUCAAAGGGCUACUGGUCCAUCAGGAUAGCCGACUUGCACCGCGUUUGGGUUCUAUGUCACUGAGUUCGCCUUCCUCUAGCAGCAGUAGCAGUAGCAGCAGCAAUGGCAGCAAUGCUGAUCCAGGAAGUCCGGUCAAUGCGCGUAGACCUCGCGGACGCAGGUCGUACGAGCGAGCACGGCCUUCUCAUUCCUCACCUCAGUCGCCUACAUCCACAUCAUCAGCCACGUUCUCUGACAUUCCACCCUCUGUGCCCUCAGCACCGGACUCUCCAACUACUAGCACCACCGCGACUAGCCAGUCAAUGGACUCAACCCCUGUCAGUGACCACUGGGCCAGACGGGUGUUUUUGGAUGAGCACCCCAUGACCCCAAUUCCUUACGUGGGUGAAAGCUCCAAAUGCCUCGGAGAGGUGAAAGGUAAUGUGAAAGGGUGGCUUCAUGAUGAAGGAUUCGAGGAGCUAUUUCAACUUGCUUUUAGUGGUGACUCGGAUCUCCGUGUCUGCUUCUAUCUACGGGAAGAUGACCAUCGCGUACGGAUUGUGUGCAAAUCCCGGCGUACCUCUCGGUCCAGUGAUUACUCUUGUCUACCCUUGAAUCUGCUAGAGAUCGUUCGUAUUGGUUCCUGCUUGCAAAUUUGUCGACGGCGUCGCGGGGGCUCUGAACUAGUGCUGUGGGCUAAUCUUAAGUUUAGCACUAUUGAGCCGCUACGGUCGCAGGACUCUGGUCGGCCUGUGGAACGCAUUCGUGAUUACGAACUUGACGACGAGGAAGAACAUUUCGGAGGGCAAAUCGUCGAUGAUGACUUCCUCCACGCCUUACGUGUGUACCGAGAUAACGUGUCGGGAGCCGUGCGUCUGCAGGCAUCAGUCCACAAGGGCGAGAUGAAACGCUUACAUAGGAUGCCCGUUUGGACAGCCUUCAUAACGGAACAUAUCGGCUCCAGAGGCUGGAUACGCCGCGUGGACACCAAGACCAUCUUACUGCGUGACCUUCGUCGGGUCAUUUUCACCUUCCCCAGUUAUAAUCCACCUCGGACACCCAAAGGAGAGCAUAUCUUGAAGUUCACAAACAAGUCAGAUGCUCAAGGCUUCAUGGACACAAUCGCCGAACUCGCCCACCUAUAA